UCUUCUCCUGAUAGGGGGCAGUGUGGAGUCCCAUGCUUUUACAGUAACAUGGCGGUCUGCUGAUAGGAUAUUGUUGGUUUGACUUAUCAGACGCAGCGGCGCCGACACUGGAGUUAAUAGAGGUUUGAACAAUGUUUCAUCUAUGACAAAGCAUCUUAGAGGACAGCCCUCACUCAAGUAAUUUGGAGCCAAUGGAUCCCGUUGUCUCUGGAGAAGGGCAAGACAAGCCCUCCGAGCUGUCUCUUUAUUUGUCUCCCUGCUUAAAAGGACGGGAACGGAAGAAAAACUCCAAAUAUUUCGAUUUCGAAACAGAUUUCUCGAAUGUCGGCAGAAGUGUCAAAAAUAAAUCCCCUAGAAAGUCAGCGGGGAAGAGAGAAUCCUCUCAGAAGACCCCUGCAAAACCUAGAAAAACGAAAACACCCGAGGAACGGGCUGCAAAUGGAGAAAAAGAGCCGACACCCCAAACCCCCGCAGACUCUGCUGCACCGACGUCACUAGUAACCCCUAAAAAACCAGGGAGACGUAAGAAAACCCAGCUAGUGUCGACGCCGUUAACGACUGCUGCUGCUGCUGCUGGGGACCUGCCGGCCGGAGAAGCUGUGCAAACUUCUGUCCAGCAGGAAAAUGGGACUCCGAAGCCAAAGAGAAAGUACGUGAGAAAGAAACCUGUAGAGGAGAUCAGAGAACCGAAAGAAGAGCCUGCCGCCGAAGCUGAGGAGGAGGUGGGAGGUGGGGGCCGCAGCAGGAGGAGGGCUGCCAAAGUGGCACUGAAGUACCUCCACACCUUAGCAAACGAGGUGCUGUCUCAUCCCGGAGAUGAUUUCGGCUCCAAGCUGCACGAAGACGCAGAAUUCCAACAGGAAGUUCCGAAGACGAAAAAAGGCCGAAAGAGAAAACGCGACGACAGAGAAGCUGCAGACGAUGAAGACUUCGUGCCAGAUGUCAACGCCGAAGAGGCUGAGGAGACUGACGAAGAGGAUCCUGAAGACGGAGGCUGGUCAGACGCUGAGUUAGAUACUGGCAGCUUUCACUUCCCCAGGCAUCAUCAGGGCACACAGGGCCCGUCGCACAAUGGCCUGGAGUUUGUCAUCGUUAAAACAAUCACCGAGUCUUUCGAGGGGACAAAGAAAUUCCGGGAGGAGCACCACAGCAGCUGGGCGUUUCCAGAGUGGGUUCCCUCCACCAGCGACUGGGAGCCCGUGCCAGAAAAGGAAUUAGAGAAAUACCUUCCUCAAGAACUGGAGUCCCCUGCGUUCAAAGUGUCCAGAGAAAACCUAACCGAGGAAGAGACGCCUCCGCUGAGACUCCGCAGGUUUGAGGCCACGCCGGCCCACCCGUGUCUCUGGGACAUGUUUCUGUUCGCGGGUGGACCGCUCUGGGCCCUGGAGUGGUGUCCGACGCCCGAUGGCGCUCCGGCCUCGCAGUACGUUGCUCUCGCCUGCCAUCGAGGGAUGGACGACCUGCACUGUAUGAACCAGACCUACUGCGGAGCCGGACUGGUUCAGCUGUGGGACUGUGGCAAGCUGGAGCACCACAGCAGACCAGACUCUCUGCCCUCUCUGGCUUACGGUCUGGCUCAGGACAAAGGCUUCAUCUGGCAGCUGAAGUGGUGCCCUGCAGGAGGCUGGGAGCUUCCCAGCUGUGUCAGAAAGGCUCCUUUCUUGCCAAGGCUGGGUCUGCUGGCAGCCGCCACCUCCAGUGGCGUGGUCACCAUUUACAGCCUGCCGCACCCCGAUGCUCUGCUGUCAAACAGAAAACUCACAAACGCUGAAAGCAACAACGAAAAGCCACCGAUUUACAAGGCGCGAGGCGUGGUGACGUUAAAAUUGGGCUGCAUCAAAUCUCCUCGCAAAGACAACAGUGGGCAGGUCCUGUCAAUGGAUUGGCUCCCUCAGAAACCACACAACAUAAUGGCUAUUGGAUUCUAUGAUGGUAUAGUUGGACUCUGGGAUCUUUCAACGAAAUCUUCCCUGUUGCGAGUCCGAGAGUCAGACAGGUCUCUGACUCUGCUGCCCUAUCGAUAUAUAGCCGCUCACAACCACGCAGUCCGAACUCUGGCCUUCUGUCCGGCAUCCAGAUUCCUGUUGAUGACAGCGGGCGAGGACCGCUACUUGAAGACGUGGGAUCUGAGGAGGCUCUGUGACAUGGUCAAGGUCCAAAAACGCCACCAGACCACUGAAAUCUGCUGGCCGCUGGGCUCACCCGGGGUCCUGAUUGCAGAGGAGUCUUCCUUUGUACCGAGAGCUUCAAUAGGAGUUCAUUAUAUUGAUCACCAUCUGCACAGUUACUUUGCGAUUCCUCGGAAUACGACUGUCUGGUCCAUCUCGUACUCUGAUUGGCUGCACAGCGUGUUGUCAUCAGACACGCUCGGCGAGGUGAUUAUCUCCAUGCUGCCGCUGUCCAACUUCAAUCUUAUCAAUGUGAAGAAAACAGACAUGAGACGUUUUCCCGCCUACCUCACAUCUCUGGUGCCUUGUGAAGCGACUGAAGAAGGAAAUAAAGGCGAGAAAGAGGAAGGACAAGGCGGCGGUGGGCAGGACUCAGGAGAGACAGAAAGGUCAGAGGUCGAACUCCAAGCAAACCAGGAAGCUCAUGAGGGAGGAAGCGUUGUAGAAGGUCCUCAUCUGCAGUUUCAGGCGUACAAAGACGCUGUUAAAAAACACUACCUGCACUUUAAAGACUUGGACAUGCGAACCCUUCAUAGAUUCUGUAAGCGACCUUUGUGGAAACACAUGAAGAACACAGAAGGAUCGACUGUUUUAAACAUGGACGACAUGCCUUUGGCUGCUCUGUACAAGGCACGCUUCAACCCCAACAUGAGCAGCCACGUCUGGAUUGCUUCUGGGGGUCAGGCGGGUCUGGUGAGACUUCAGUGCGCGAGGACUCUGAUCACCCCGCGAGUCAGCAAGCUGAUGGGUGAGCAUCAGGCCCAGUUCAGAGCGCUGUACUCGGUGCAGAACCAAAGCGACGGCGUCCAGACGGCGCCGGCGGAGCCUCAGCAGCCGGAGCCGUGCCUCGCUGCCGGUUCAGACGGCGAAAAAUCCAACCAGUAAAUCCUGGAUUCGCAAGACAAACACGAAGCUUUCAAAUAAAUCUGUCCUCGUUUUAAAAGCAGAUAUGAAUGUUUAUAUUUAUUAUUUCAAGCCACGUGAAUACAGGUCUAAAUAUUGCAUGGGUCGAUCUGUAAAGGCAGGUAAAAUUUUAAAAAGUCGCGAAGGAAAACAAAGUUUAACCAGUUUUUGAGGUGCACAGCAGCCACGGGUGUGUUUGUUUUUAAACUGACUGUUCGGACCAUUGAACAGCAGAAAACCAUCGACCUAAACCCAACAAGCAGGACUGCGCCCUGUAACAUCAACAGACAGAAGUCUUUAUGGGCUCCCAAUGUGAGCGGAAGGCUGAUGUUUCUGUGUUAUUUUGUGUUAUUUCAGCCGGUUUCUUGACAAAACGUUGCCAGCCCACAGCUAAGUGCCUUUUUGUCCACAACAUAACAUGUUUGUUGCUUCAGAGUAUUGUUUUCCUUUGGGGGAAGGGGAGUUAUUAUAGGAUAUAUGAAUAUUUUGUAAUGUUUUCCUUUUCAGUGUUGUUGAUAUUAUGUACUGUACAGAAACAUCGAGCAUCUUUUUUUUUAUCUUUUUAUUAUGAAGAAGCAACUCUAAAAACUCAGGCCUGAUAUUUGGGAAAAUACUUGAUUUUUUUUCUUUUUAUCUAUAAAUCUCUGCUGACUGUAAAUUUACAAAUUUCAGAUAAUUUCUGCGUUUCAAUUUCUUUCUUUUCCGCUAAGAUGUGUUGUAAAUGUUUUAGGCUUUAAAAAUAGGAGAAUCCAGUCUUUAUUUUGGAAGCUUUUGCCUCUGAAUUCAGUCACAGGUUUUAACGUUUCUAGUUGUGACAGUAACUGAAUGGUAAGGUUUACAGACUUGUUACACCUUUUUUUUAUUAUUAUUUUAUUCCUAAUUUAUAACUAUAAAUAUGUUAAAUUGCCGCAACCUUUUUAUGGGUAUUUUUGAAAUGCUGCUCAUAAAAAACAUUUUUUAUGUAAAAUAAAACUGAAUAAAGUCUAUUUUUUCGGGG